CAUCAUGCCCGAUAGCUUAGAAGGUCGACACAUCAAAAUUAAAGUUGUCAGCGGGCCAAAUUUACGAGUUCCUUCUGAGUGCGUACUGUCUCGACUCGACCAGGCGCUGAAAUACCAAUGCUGUGGGGUGAGCUUGGCACUUGCGACACCUCGGUGAUUGACUUGACUGAAACAUACUGCAAGUCAUCAUCAUCACUCGGUUAUAUGCCAUGUAUCAAGGAUCCUGAUACUUCUCAUUGUCACCUUCCUGGCUGUUGCCAUUUUCAACGGAGUGGCAGUCGUAAUAGCAACGAUGCGUACUUCAGGAGAGGAACUCAUUUUCUCCGGUACUCAUCAGUGCGCGACUACCUAUACGGAAGUUUCCCUACUUCUAAAUUCUAUUACUUGGAUAUUCAGUACCGUGUGGGAGGUCCUCGCACUAUGUCUCGCAAUCUGGAUUGCUGUCAAACACUUCCGUGGACUACAACGACAUUCGACGGGAGGGAUUAUCGAGGACUGUUUCGCGGUGUUGAUGAAAACUCAUGUGGUUUACUUUGCGAAGCAAGCUCAUGUUAUGACUCUUAUUCCUUUUUUUUGACUGAAGAGUCCGAUAUGAUAGCUUUGUUGCAGUUUCUUGAUCCCAUAUCAUUUUUGAUUUCUCCCACGCUGAUCUCAACGAUUCCCUGGGCAUUCGGACUUUUUACGACUUUCUUCAAAUUGCGGAGGUCGUGCAGAUGUCUGUGCUAGGACCACGCCUGAUCCUUAGCAUUCGAGAAUAUCACGCCAAGCUCA